AUGUCAUCUUCACCAUCAUCGGUAUCUUCGCCAAAUAAAAGAAUCAACGAGUUUAGGAAGAUUACAACCAACGAUGAAUUUAAAGAGAAAAGAAAAGAAAAACAAGAUAUUCAAAGACAAAAAUUAAAAAACCAGUUAAUUUUAGAAAAAAGACAGAAACUAUCAACAUUAAAUCAAAACAAUACCAUUACCCCCGACUCUAUAAAAAAUGAAUUAAAGGAUCUAUAUAAUAAAAUUGUAGAGAUUAUUAAACCAACAUAA